AUGGCUUUGGACUUGUAUUUAACAUUGAAACUUGUAGCGACAAUCAUCGUUGUCUAUUUUUCAUCGAAUUGGAUAAUAGCUAAUGUUAUAUUUCCAUUGACAAGAGAUUUAAGUGAUGUCUCGUUAUUAGAGCAAGCUAGUAUUUCUGCUGUUCGUAAAGAUAAUGAAACUGCUCACUAUAGAAAUUUUUUGAUUCCAAGCAAUUUUCCAUUAACUACAGGUUUGAAUAUUGCAUUAGGUUAUAAGUUUAGAAAUGGUAAUUUUGGUGAUGUUUGGAACGCAAUUUUAACUAAUUCUGAUAAAAAUUUCAUUAGAUUCUCAAAUGAUUCAAACAAAAAAUAUAAUUUACAGGAAAUUAAUUCCUUAGCAAAAUUAAUUUCAAAGAAACAUUUCUCAGGAAAUGAAUAUAAGCAGGUAGGUAUCACUGUGAACAUAUCCUCCUUAUAUGGUUUUAUUAUCUCUUUGGCUACAAUGAUGGCUACAAUUCGUCAAGGUGAUGUUAUCCCUCACUUCUUAUCAUCUGUUCCACGUCAAAAAGUAGAUGAUCUAGAUGUGCUAGUGAUUGACAGUUGGAAAUCAUUCAAAUUAUUAAAUGGAAGUCUUUCAUGGUAUAAAUUGCUUAUAGUAUGCGAUACUCUCGCCAAUAAACCUCAUGAUUUGAAUUCUGAGAUUAAAGUUGUAUGCUGGGAUGAAUUGGUUGAGGAUUGUAAAUUUGAUGAUAAUACUUUUGAAUAUAGUUCCUCUGAUGAUAAGGCUGAUGAUUUUAAAUCGUUUGCAUAUAUCACAUCUCCAAGUAAUGAAACAACAUGUUUUGCACAAAUGAAUUUGGUUAGUAGUAUUGCUGCAUUCUUUAAAAUUUUUCCAAUUGGGAAAGAACUAACCUCAGAUGAUGAACUAGCAGUAGCUGGCUCUUUUACCAGAUCCUCUCUCUCUAUUCAAUUGUGGAAUAAAGUGUUUGCAGUCCUACUAGUUGGUGGUUCCGUUUCUUUCGUCAACAAUUAUGCCUUGAGUGUCUCUCAACCAACUUUACUAUUCACAGGCUCUGAAGACUUGACUCCAAUUGCAGAAAAAAUGGAGGACACUUCAAAUUCUAGUCUAUUUAAGAAAAUAACGUUAUCUUGGUCAACAACUUUACUGAGUGAAGGUAUUUUCUCUAAGAUAGCACAAACCAGCACCGAAAAUUCCUCAAAUUCAUUAAAUAAGUUGAGAUGCAUAUUUUUGGGUGAAAUUCAAGCAAAAUCAAACACUAUUUCAUCUAUGAAGAGUUCUAUUCCUCGAAUGAAAAAAGGAAUCAGAUCAACAUUAACUACUAUUCAAUUGAACAAGAUUAGAGCAUUAUUUGGUUCAAGAGUUGUUGCAGAGCUUUAUUUCCCAUAUAUGAUAAUGGGUCCUCUUGCUGCAACAAAUUAUUAUGAUUAUAGAGUUAUAUCCAAUUCUGUUGAAUCUGCAGUUUCAUUCCAUGGGGCUUUAUGCACUUCUUUGGAGGCUAAAUUUGUAGCCACUGACGAAAAUGAACAUUUAGAUAUAUCUUCAAGACAAGGCAUGUUAUGUAUUCGUGGUUUCACUAUUGGUAAACCAUAUGAAAGAACUCGUUUAGAUAAUGCUAUUCAGUUAUCUGAAAAAGUUGGUGGAGGUGAAGGCUGGAUGCCAAUGGUUGGUAUCUUUGGCUUGUUUGGUCACGAUGGAUGCCUAUACACUUACAACUAA